ACGCAAAACACUUGUUGUUUGCUACCUUUUAUCAUUAAAUUUAUGACAUUCUUAUCAUUCUUAAGUACAUUAAGCCAGAUAUAUUAUUUCCUUUUGAUUAAAUAAGGUCUUUUACAUACUGGGUACUCGGUUACACAUCUAUCUUGCUUAAUUUAACGAUAACUAAAGGUACUUAAGGAUACCUACUCAAAUGAUCCGUUCCCUGGGAAUUUUGUCAAUGGGAGGUAAAAGCUUCACCUCAGUAAAGCCCUACAGUGUUAGUGCUGAAAUGAAUAAUCGACUAAAGGGCAAAGUUGCUAUAGUCACGGCAUCAACUGACGGUAUAGGAUAUGCCAUUGCAAAGCGGCUUGGAAAUGAAGGUGCAUCAGUGGUAAUAUGCAGUAGAAAAGAGAACAAUGUUCAGAGAGCAGUUGAUGAGCUUCGCAAAGAAGGAAUUACCGUGGAGGGUGUAGCAUGCCAUGUUGGGAAUGCUGAACAGAGGAAGAAAUUGUUUGAUAUUGCUAAUGACAAAUUUGGGGGCCUAGAUAUAUUAGUCUCAAAUGCUGCAGUUAAUCCAGGAGUGUCACCAGUUUUGGAGACAGAAGAAAAUGUUUGGGACAAAAUAUUUGAAAUCAAUGUGAAAUGCUCUUGGUUGCUGGCUAAGGAAGCCUACCCCAAUCUUGUUAAGCGAGGGGGAGGCAGCAUCGUAUUUAUUUCAUCUAUAGCUGGCUAUCAACCUAUGUCUCCUUUAGGUGCAUACAGCGUGAGUAAGACAACAUUGCUAGGAUUGACCAAGGCUAUCGCAAAGGAAGUCGUCACUGACAACAUAAGAGUUAAUUGCGUCGCACCAGGCAUCGUUGCUACGAAAUUUGCUUCAGCUAUUACCAGCUCAGAAGCAGCUAAGGAGCAGAGCUUAUCAAUUGUGCCGAUGCAGAGAUUUGGAAAGCCAUCUGAAAUAGCUGCGGCUGUGGCGUUUUUAGCGUCGAAUGACGCGAGUUAUGUCACCGGCGAGACCAUCGUGGUGGCGGGCGGCGCUCACGCUCAUCUGUAAUUUAUAUCUCAUGGCUAAUGGGUAGGGCAACGUUUUUACAGUACAUAUGGUGCUACUUUACCGCACUAGUGUAGUAAUUAGCACUUUACGUGCCUAUGCCGAAAAUUUUAAGGGCCACAUGUACUGCAAAACGUUGUACGAUACAUGUGCGAAUAGGUAAUUCGCAACUCGUGUCGAUUUAACACUCUUUUCGGUCGUGUUUUAAUUUAUCGUUGCGAAUUUCCUAAAUAUUAUAUUAAUGUACUAUUAUUUUGUUGCACACUUGAAAAGUGAGCAUACAAUGCCACCUACGAGUGGUAAGCAGUUGUAUACUCCUUGUAACGCAUAUGUCGGCGGCCGAUCGUAAGAUUAGGCAGAUCGUAAUGUCCCUGUGUAAUGUUUUGACGAUGGUCACAUUAAACCAAUAAAUAGGUAGGAUAGGUUCGUUAGGUUGCUUCAGAUGCCCGAAGGGCAAACUGCCCAGAAAUAGGAGCCAUGCGAAGCGGGGCUCCGUCGACUCGGAACGAGUCAAAGAUUUUCACGUUUCACGAUAUGCCUAGGAAUUUCACGAUAUGCCUGAUCUUACCAUCGGCCGCCGACACAUAUAAUGCUCUAGUAUACCUACUUACUUAGAUAUUUAUAUUUUUAAAAACUUUUAUAAUCACGCAUUUUAGUUUAUAAGGAAAUAUUAGUUGUGAAAAGGUAUUAUCUUGUACAUUGGGCUGUGGCAAUUAAAGUAUGGUUAUAAUGAUA